AUGACAAUUCAUAUGAGAACUCAUACGAACACUAAGCCAUAUAAGUGUCACUUUACUAACUGCGAGUACCGGAGCUGUUUUAGAGGUGCGCUACACAAUCACGUGAUCUCUAAUCACUCGCAAACCACAUUCAAAUGCAAUCACAUCGACUGCAAUAAGACAUUUAAGACGAGCCAAGGAUUGCGAGAACAUGUCUUUUCACACGAUCCCGACUCUAUGUUCCGGUGCACUGUCGAUGGUUGCGACCAAUGGUUUAAGAAACUAUACCAUCGCAAGGUUCAUGUGAGGACAGUGCACAGUGGCUUACCACCCGAAACGCGCAAAACGCCCCGACCC